AUGGGUAUCACCAAGCUAGGGUCGCCCAGCAAUGGGGUCAACGAUGAGCUGUUGGCUGUUUUGCCCGACAACAAGCCAUGGUACGCAAAGGCUCACCUUGUCAAGUUGCACUUCUGCAUCCUGUCACUUUUCAUGUUUUCAUCGGCCAACGGCUACGAUGGCAGCUUGAUGAACGGUCUCCAAGCCCUACCUCAAUGGGAAACCUUCAUGGAUACGCCACGUGGUGCCUGGCUUGGUUUCAUCAACGCGAUCUACUGGCUUGGAAUGGGUAUAUCUUAUCCGAUGACAGCUUUCGUGGCGAACAAAUACGGACGUAAGGUUGGAGUCUUCAUUGGCUACAUCUUCCUUUUCGCCGGAUCUCUGGUUGUUCUCAGCGACAACAGUGUCUCCUUCGUCCUCUCUCGGUUCUUGGUAGGAUGUGCUUCCGCUUGGUUCGGAAACGCGGUCCCGCUCCUGAUCAAUGAGAUAUCACACCCAUCGUAUCGAGGAAUCUUGAGUGCGCUGUUCAUGUGCGGAUGGUACGUGGGCGGCACUAUCGCAGCCUUUGUCACAUUUGGCACACGUAAUGUGCCAAACGAUUGGGCCUGGCGCAUCCAUCCGUCCUGCAGCUGCUUCUACCCUUGGUCGCCCUUCCAGGCCUGCUCAUGGCUCCUGAAAGUCCACGAUGGUUGGUGUCAGUCGAUAGAGUUGACCAGGCCCGCAAUAUCUUGA